AUGAUGCUUUUUAUCUUUAUAAGUGACCCACAGUUUGGUUACUGGUGCAAUGAGAAAUUAAAAAGUGCACAUGUCAAUGACUGCCAUUUCACAGUCACUCAAAUCAGAACUGGGAUGCCACAAAAACAACUCCCUGUUAGCCCAGAGAAGAAAAAAAGAAGAAAGAAAGUAAAGGGGAAAUUCAGAUUAGUCACAAAGAAGUUCCCCGCCUGCUGCAAAGCGGCAGUAUUAAAACUGAGAGAGUCCGCUCUGCUCUUUCAAUUGCCUCUUAUCUCUGGUCCUGCCACCUCUGUGGAUUUGCUGAUUGAUACGCCUGGUUUUAUCUUCAGCCCUUUCUUGGCAGGGGAGACUUCAAUUCUCUCUCAGAUCCCCCUUUGGCUCAGUUUUCAUCUUUGCUGCAUCCAGACUGUGAAGAUGGAAGGGGUCCAGCCCCUGGAUGAGAAUGUGAGAAACGCGCCAGGUCUGAGAUUCCAGACACACAAGCUCAUGCUGGUGGCCUCUGUGGUCCAGGGGCUGGGGCUGCUCCUGUGCCUCACCUACAUCUGCCUGCACUUUUAUGCUCCUCAGGUGCCACCUCAGUAUCCUCCAAUUCAAAGUAUCGGAGCACAAUUUACUGAGUGUGACAAUGAAAAAGGUUUCAUCCUCACAUCCCGAAGCAAGGAGGAAACCAUGAAGAUACAAGACAACUCAAUCCCCAUCCCAUGUGAUGGGUUUUAUCUCAUCUCCCUGAAGGGCUACUUCUCCCAGGAGCUCAGCCUCAGCCUUCAUUACAGGAUAAACCGGAAACCCCUCUUGUCCCAUGACAAGGUCACGUUUGUUGACUCCAUUAUCGUGGCCUCUCUGCGUUUCAAGGACAAAGUCUACUUGAAUGUGACCACUCACAAUACCUCCUGUGCAGACAUCCAGGUGAAUGGUGGGGAGUUAAUUCUCAUUCAUCAAAAUCCCGGUAGUUUCUGUGCUGAAUGAGGACCUGAUGGCCACACCUAAGCCAGGCACCAAGCUCGAAUGCCACAAUGGGGGUGGACAGGACACUGGUUCUUCCUUGGUAGUGGGGGAGUCAUCCCAGAUCAGCCCCCACCUCUGGCUACACAGGAUGUGACCAGAAGAAGAUUCCCCCACUCCCACUCAGGGAUAUUUAAGAGUUAUUUUACGUAUCAUUUAACUUUAUUUAUCCUCCAAUCUUCUAAAGCACCUAGCCCUCAUCCUUCACAAUUGCCUCAAGCCUGUCAGGUACCUCUGCCGAAGAAGAAAAUAGGUGCCCCUUCUUCAUGAUACCAAUUGUUUCUA